AUGAAAGUAUACCAGCAACACCCAUGGCUCCACCAGGUAAAGAUCACCCCAGGCGGUGACACAGCACUGCAUAUAGCUGUCUGGGAUUGCAAAGAAAGCCGGGUUGUUGCAAAAAUGGUUAAGCUUGUUAGAGAUCAUCCUCAGCAAUCUGAGGGUGUUCUAAAAUCAAAAGACGAGCAAGGGAAUACCCCUCUCCAUUUGGCAGCAACGAUAGGAAAUGUUUCAAUGUGCAAAUGCAUUACUAGGGAGCCCAAUGAUCUGGUAAGUAUUGGUAAUAAAGAUGGGGAAAACCCCAUCUUCUUGGCUGCUCGCCAUGAAGAGGUCGAGAUUGAACUUGGUGCGGACUCCAAGUGUGCUACGAAAGAUGAAGGUGAGAAGUUGAAAGUGAAGUUGUUGGAAGAGAAAGUUCUUGACAUUGAGAAAGUCUAA